AUGGAUUCAUCCACCUGUCAUAGGUUCUUGAACUGGAUUGUUUUGCACUUUUUAGGAAAAGUGCCUGGUGAUGCCUGGUUUCCCUCAUCCUUCACUUGGUGUCUUUCUGGUAUAAAAUGCUGCUUUAUGUUCAGAAUAAAGAAUAGAACAACAACCACAGUAGCACAGACUACACUGAUCCAACUCAUCAGCAGCACAUUCUGA